AAACCCAAAUCCUUUCCCUUUUGUCUUUCUCUUUCUCUUUCUCUUUCUCUUUGAGCCCUAACCUAACCGUGGCAGUCGAAUUGACGCAGUGAGCCAUGGUGUGCAUAAGGAAGGCGACGGUGAACGACCUGCUUGCGAUGCAAGCGUGCAACCUUUUCUGUCUGCCGGAAAAUUACCAGAUGAAGUAUUACCUCUAUCACAUCCUCUCUUGGCCACAGCUUCUCUACGUCGCCGAGGAUUACAACGGUCGCAUCGUCGGUUACGUCCUCGCUAAGAUGGAAGAAGAAACCAACGAGUGCCACGGCCACAUCACCUCCCUCGCCGUCCUCCGCACCCACCGCAAACUCGGUCUCGCCACCAAACUCAUGACCGCCGCCCAGAACGCCAUGGAACAAGUGUUUGGUGCUGAGUAUGUCUCGCUACAUGUUAGGAAGAGUAACCGUGCUGCGUUUAAUUUGUAUACGGAGACUUUGGGGUAUAAGAUUCAUGAUGUGGAAGCUAAGUAUUAUGCGGAUGGGGAGGAUGCUUAUGAUAUGAGGAAGCAGCUCAAGGAGAGGCAGGUGCAUCAACAUCAGCAUCAUCAUCACCAUCAUCACCACCACCAUCAUCAUGAGCAUGGUGGUGGGUGUUGUUCUGGUGAGGCGAAGGCUGAGACUAAGGGGAAUGCCAAAGCUAGCUGAUUGUGACAGCGGUUUUCCUUGAUUUUAUGUAUUGUUUCUUGAAAGUUAUUAAAAAAUUGGGACUUUAGUGGGUAGUUUGAAGUUGAUGAAAUUGUUGAAUUAUGUUUUGUGUACUUCUUUGUAGGUUUAUUGGGCUGUGUUGACGAUUUUGUCUCUUUAUGAUAUGAAUUUUUUACUAUUUUGGUGAAUAAAUGUGCUUGUUGUGGUUCGUGAUGCUUGAAUGAAUGUGAUUGCAUUUCGUCAUCUUUGUUGUUUAAUCAUGGGGAAUUAUUUGGAUUUGUUAUGCUGAUUGUGUCGUAAAUUUUGAGGUAUAUUUUAUGUUCCACAGUGUGAGUAUUCAUGUAUUUUUAUUUUUUGUGUUAUAAAUUUGUUUGGUAAGUGAGUGGGGACAGAGGUUGAUGUUUGCAGAGUAGUUAAUUGUGCCAUUUCGUGGUGCUUCUGUGCCAGUGCACUGUGGAAUUGCCUCCAGCUGCUACUGGAGCUCCACUGUGGGGGCAUUUGUGUCAUACCAGUCAUAGCUGAGAUAGCAGCUGUUUGCAGCCCAUUUUUCAGUUAUGGUGGCCACUACAGCAAACAGCUUAGCCAUCUGAAGCAUUUCAUGGCCAACCCACCCGUUUUCCAGCCAUUUUCUGGAUGUCCCACCUUUUAUUCGCACCUCCAUCUCCCUUUUCAACAAGAAAUGAAAAUGUGGACUUUUCACACAGUUCUGCAAUUAUGAUAGGUAAAUAAUGUGAACAGUUUUUUCAUUCUCUCUUUCAAAGAAAUGAAAACACAUCACUGACUCCUUAUUGGUAAAUGACUUCACUGUCUUAUUUAUUUUGUUAUUAUUGUUAUUGUUAUUCUAACAUAGUCUUUCUAUUCUACUUGGUUAAGCUUUUACUUGUUGAACU